AAUCAAACCAUGUCCUUUAGGCCUACAUAAACGGCCACCGCUCAACUAAAAUCUUUACCGGAGCAAGAAACCCCACCAAAGAAAAAACAGUGAAAAUGGUUUACCAGAGCCAUACGGCGACGUUUCUUCUCUUCACCACCUUUCUCUUCAUUUCCAGAUCAAUUUCAGCCGCUCAUUCCCCUCCACGACUAAACGCCACAACCAACGAUCUAGAUUUCAUACGAACAAGCUGCAACGCUACUCUCUAUCAAGACCUCUGCUUCAACUCUCUCGCCGGCUACGCCUCCGUCGUUCAAGACAGUCCGGCGAGGCUAGCAAAGAUCGCAACCGGAGUGUCCCUCUCAAAAGCAAAAUCCACGCUGGCUUUUCUCUCCAAGCUCUCACGCUCCGCCGCCGAAGUCCAAGACUGUGUUUCAUACUUAGAUGAGGCAGUUGGUUCCAUUAGAGACUCUCUCCGAACACUACGCAACAUGAGCCGCGUUGCGGCGGCUCCUUCAUCGGAGGAGACGUUUAGUUCACAGGUGAAUGACGUGCAGACGUGGAUGAGUGCAGCAUUGACGUAUGAGGAUACGUGUACGGACGAAUAUGAAGAAAUGGAUGAAGCAGGAGAGAUCAAGACGACCGUUUAUGAUCGAGUGAACACACUGAAAAGGUUUACUAGUAAUGCUCUUGCGCUUGUUAACACUUACGGCAACACUGGAGCCCCGUGAGAUGAGAUUAUGAAGAGUUUUUAACUUUAAUUAAAAAAAUUCUUUUGAUAUAUUUUUUAUGUUGUUAAAGGUUUCUUUUGAUUUUUAAGUAUGUUAUGGGUUUGAUUUUAAUUAUAUCAUAAUGGUGUGUGAGAAAGAAAUGAAAGUUUAGUGGAGGCUUCGGAAAAGGUAGUAAGUAGGGAGUUUAAUUCAACAAUGGAGCUUUGAGUCUGUUAAAUUUUAAUUAUGCUUAUGAUUUGAUGAAUUGUUGUAUCAACUUGGGGAUUUUGUUUUAAUAUGAGUUUAA